UCCGGAAAUAGUACGUUACUACGCGAAGUCGAGCAGCCAUGAAGAUGACAGGGGAAAACAGUUCUGGAAACUCGGAAAUAACAAUGGAUGAUGUUAGAAAUCUCAUUAAAAAGAAAGAUGAAAUUGAGGAGCAGAUAAAAGCCUAUUACGACGUCUUGGAAGACCAAGGUGUCGGAGUUGAAACUCCCUUGGUUGACGCAGAGGGCUUUCCCCGAGCAGAUGUUAAUUUAUACCAGAUCAGGACAGCAAGACACAACAUUUCGUGCCUGCAGAACGAUCACAAGGCCAUCAUGGUGGAGAUAGAAGAAGCCCUGCACAAGCUGCAUGCUCGAGAGAAAGCCAAGCGGGAACAGGAUGAGGCGGAGGCCCAGGCGGAGGCAAUGGAGCAGCAGGUCACCCUUCCUCCUGCAUUUGCACGGGUGGAUGCUGUGACACAAGGCUCACCUGCCUGUGGAGCUGGGCUCAGAGUUGGGGAUGAAGUCAUCGAGUUUGGUUCUGUGAACACGCAGAACUUUCAGAACCUUCAGAAUAUCGCUGCUGUGGUACAACACAGUGAAGGGAAACCAUUACGUGUCACAGUCACCCGGGAUGGCCAGAAAGUUCAGAUGAGCCUGACUCCACAGAGGUGGCCAGGCAGAGGUCUGCUGGGGUGCAACAUUGUUCCAAUCCAUCGGUGAUCACCAAGACACUACACUGUGCAGAAUUUAAAUUGUAAAACCUUUUGCUCCACUUAUGUGACAGUGAUUUCAAACCGAAUUUGUACAUACUACAGAAAUUUCCAUCUGUUUGAUAUUUCAGUACCAGAACUUGAAACCAUUCCCUUUAUACAAGGACAAUAUUCAGAAUGGGAUAUUUCAAAAUAAAAGUGUGAAAGUG